CUUAUCUCUACUUGUCAUUUCGUGAUCUAAACUAUAUCGUGUCUGCAUUAUUUUUGCUUGUGUUGUGGGUUUAUUGCCCCUUGACCGCACUGGUUCUGCCACACUCUUGAUUCUUGGUGACGUUCCUCACUAGAUUUUUGCUUAUCCUUCACUGAGAAAAUCGGCCAGCUCAUGCAGCGACCUGGUCAGGAUGCUAUUCCCAAUGAUGAUGUACCAUGGUGGAUGAAGUACGCUGGGAGAGGUCUUGGAACUGUAGGAGGAGGAAUUGCCAUCUUUUUGGGCAUAUGGGCAGCCACUGGAAUCCUCUUUGCACAAAUAGACUGCCUCAUAGCUGGCAUUUGGCAAAUGCUAGCCGGCUUUCUUGUCAUUGUUAUUGAAGCACCUUGCUGCUGCAUGUUUCUUGACUUUGUGCAAAGUGCAAGCGAUUUCAUGGAACAAAAGCCAUAUUAUUACCGGGGUGCAUUGUACAUUGUGAUUUCUUUGCCAGCAGUUGUUCUGUGUCUUUCAUUGAGCACGAUCUUUGGCAGUGGUCUUAUUUUUGGCACCGGUGUCAUCUAUGGAAUGAUGUCUCUUGGUAAAAAGGCUUCUGCAGAAGAAAUGAGAACAAAGGCAGCAGCAGGUGUGGAUGCUGGACCAGGUGGAGUGGCACCAGAUGUGCAGUCGCACAUGAAAUCAUCGCUAGUAGAUAAUGCACAGCCUGUUGCGUUUACUGGCUCCCCGUAUGACAGCAAUGUAUAACUGCAUGCUCAAAGUUGUAAUAAUUGAACAAAGCCCUUAUUUAUUUCUGUGACCCUUGCAUUUAGGUACCUUUGAACGGUAAUAUGGUAAAAGAUUAAAUUAAUGUAAUAUGCUUGACGGUUGUUAUGCUGUGUUGAUUAAAUGCAUCAAUUGAGAAUGCGGUUAUGCUGUGCUAGAAAACUGUCAACUGUGAGUCAUUUUGUAGGAAACUGCAGAGGUUUGUUUGGUAGUAUCUUUUAAGAAACUAAGGAUGAUUGAGUCAUUAUGUACGUAAACUUUCUUAGCGGAUUUGCAUCUACAAUGGUAUUAAAAACCUUUGUAGAUGGAGCACAUUCCAAAGUUAGGGUGUGAAUGUGUGUGCUUGUUUUGCUUAUGUAUAAUGUACAUGAGAAGGAAAUAGGAUAGUAAUUAUUAGGAAGUAUUAAAAUACGAGCGGCAAGUUUUAAAAAUACAUGUAUUUGGAGGUACUCUGGCUUAAUCUUAUCCAGACUUGUUAAACUCCCUAGUUGUACAUGUUUCAAAUUCAUAUUUUAUCUUGUAACUGUGUGUUGUAUAGUAGGCCCAAGUGUCCCCAGAAAGUCAUGUACAAUUUUUCUGCUUAAUGCAGUGGAUCUUUACAUUAUCAAGGUCAUAAUCGAAUUAGUGUGGUUAAGAUAUAUAACUGAUUGUUUAGCAGAGGUAUGUGUGCAGCUGAAACUUAUUGUUUAGCAAAGUCUAAGUUUAAUUAUCUAAUUAUUAAUUAUUCCUGUCUUGUUUCAGAUAACAUAUUUAAUUAUGUACUGUUCAAUUUGUGAAUGUGACUGAAGCUUUUAGAAUGUUAUGUAUAGUUUGGACUAUUCCUUUUUAAUUUUAUUUUGAUUGAAAGCUGUUCCCCAUGAAGUGUUGUUGAAGCAAGGCUUACAUAUUUAUGUGUCAUUCACACUGUUUUUGCUCACCUUAGUGUAUUCUGUAGUUUAUGGCAAUAACUUUCCAUUAUUCCUUAACUUCAUAUCACUUCAAAAUUAUUGUUGCUAUUUUUUUCCAAAGUCUUGCCAAAGCUUCAACACUCCAAUUGUUAUUGUUUUCUCUACAUUCUUCCAAGUAUUAGUUAUACCUUCCAACAUAUUCCCUUCACCUGCAUCCCUGUUCCUUUUUAUUUUGGUGAUGCACAGUAUACCUCUAAUUUUUAAUAACUUUUUUUUGAAUAUUCAUGGAACUACGUUCUACUUCCUAUUUGUACAUCCUCUUCUCUAUUCACUGAAAAGAUGCUUUCAUUUUAUCCAUUUUCCCAUUUUGGACACAAGGUACUUAUUUGUGAGUUCCUUGAGAAAAUGUGAUCAUGUUCUAGGUUUAUGAGAAUUUUAUUUCAUGUCUUCGCUGCAGUUCUAACAGUUAACGUUGUAUAGUACUAUUGUAAAAAUCAAGCUGGUAGAAUGCAUUACAUUCAACAGCUUUUUACAUGUUGAGUCCCAUAUGACCACACGUAUGGCCGCAGUAGCAUGUAAAAGGGGACCCCCCUGGGACUCAACGUGUUAUUAGGACAAACUUUGUCUUAAAAUACUGCAUACUAUUGGGUGGGUUAAUCACUAAGCUGAUGUGGUUUUAAUUUGUUUUCUUUCUAAUGUUACGUUUAAAAUUUCUAUCAUAUUCAUGUUCUCAGUUUUAAUAGACUCCUCUGUGAAUGUCUUCCCUAUUCUGUUUUAGCUGGGGCUCCCAUUCAACAACAAAUGCGAAUUUUUUUGAAAAGGGAAGCUUUUGAAGCCAAACUACUUUUUUUCCCUCUUUGUCUGUCAUUGGAGUAUUUCAGAUACUUUUAGAGGCUGAUUGGUUUUUGUAUGUUUAAGAUUUGUUUGUAAUGGAGGAAAAUUCUUACCUACCAAAUGUAGUCAACUAAACCUUAUGUUUUUUUAUUUUAGAAUUGUAAAAUUUCAAUUUCAGCCAAACAUCAAUUCUUAGACCUACAGUACUUUAAGAAGCAUCAAAAGUUCACAGUAUUAAUUAAUCUAACUCUCCAAUGUUUAAACAUCACUCAAAAUUCAAUUCAGUUAUUCUCAGUAUUUUUGAGAAAAUUGUAAUGUUCAUUUUAGAUGGCUUCCCUAGGUCAAAUGCCUUCAAACCCUUUUCAAGUAGAGUAUCGGUACCUUAGAGGCUAGCAACCGUAUCUAGAGGGACUAUUCCGAUUCCAAAUUUGACAAAUCGUAAAGUUACAUAGUUGUAGGCUCUCAGUUUUACUUCACUGUUUACUUCUGUGUCAGAUUGUGUCUCAUUCCCCAUAAAACAUCAACUUUUUUUUAACCAAAAGGUUUCUUUUCGACUUUGAGUGGAAAAGGAAUUGUUAAUUGUUUUUACUUGAUUUCUUGAGGCAUGUGAGUAACCAUCAAAUACAGACUGAUGAAGCCUA